AUGCCUAUGUGUUUUAUAUGUAACCAAACAUUCAGUUUAAAUUCUAAUUUAAUCACUCAUUUAAAUAUUUUUCACGAUCCAAAAUCUUUGAUGGAGUUUAAAUGUUUGGAACCUAAUUGUUGUAGAGUUUUGACUACUUUUCACUCAUAUAAAAAUCAUUUGACCCAACAUACAAACUUACCCGAUGUUUCAACUUCUAAUGAGUAUUUGAAUUUUACUAAAGAACACAAAACUUCAGCUCUACACUUUGUCAGUUGCCCAGUUUUAAAUGAUGACAUCCCUUCAAGUCAUCACUGUACAGAAUCAAUUACAAUUAAACAAUUUAAUAAUACAUUGCGUUAUAACUCAAUAUCAUUGGCAUCUAAGUGGUAUAAUAAUAGUGUGAUUCCCAGAAAAAUAAUACAAGUUUUGUUUGAUGAUAUACAACAAUUUAAUCAUUCGUUUUUAUCUCUUUUAAAAAAAAAACUCCUCGAUAUUAUAAGUCUUAACAAUUUUGAAAUUAAUUUAUUUAAAGAUAUGUUACUUAUGUUUGAUUCCCUUGAAAAUCCUUUUUCUAAUAUAAAUUCUGAACAUAUGCGUUUUAAAGCUUUAGAUGAAAUGGGUGUUCUUGUUAGACCUAAAAUGGUAGAUAUUGGGUGUGGAUUAACCGAUAGAAUGAUGGGAGGUCAUGUUUUAUUUGAGCCAAAACCAGUUCAAAUGUCUGUUAUUCCUCUGAGAUCUGUACUUAAAAUAAUUUUGCAAGAUUGUAAUCUGUUUGAGAUAGUAAUUAAAUAUAUGAAACAAUUGGAAUGUAGUUCAAAAAAAUGUAUAAGUAAUUUUGUCCAAUCUCAACUGUGGCAAAGUAAACUGAAAGACAAUUCCCAAAAACUUAUUUUGCCAUUAUUUAUAUAUUUUGAUGACUUCGAAAUUAACAAUGCUCUAGGAUCCCACGCAGGUAACAAUAAGCUGGGUGCUGUUUAUGCUUCGUUAGCGUGUCUACCUCCUGAAUAUUCUUCCUCAUUAGAAAAUAUAUUUUUAGUAUCAUUAUUUAAAUCUAAAGAUAGGCAAGAAUAUGGGAACCAUGCUGUUUUUUCAGAACUUACUUCUGAGCUCAAAUUUUUAGAGACUACUGGAAUCGAUAUUCUUUAUAAUGGUAAAAUCAACAAAGUUUUUUUCUCUCUGGGUUUGAUUUUAGGUGAUAAUUUAGGUUUACAUUCCAUGCUAGGAUUUUCAGAGAGUUUUAUAGCUAAUUUUCCAUGUAGAUUUUGCAAGUCUCAUAAGACUGAAUGCCAACAUCAGGUAGAACAAAUCGAUAAUAAUCUAAGAAACGAAGUUAACUAUUCUGAUGAUGUUGCAGUUAAUGACCUAACCCUCACUGGAAUAAAACAGCUUUGCAUUUUUAACGAAAUUAACUCAUUUCAUGUCACCAAAAAUUAUGCUGUUGAUAUCAUGCAUGAUAUCCUAGAGGGUGUUUGCAAAUACGAUAUUGGUAUGAUGUUAAAAACUAUGAUAUAUGACUUGAAUUAUUUUACUAUUGAUAUCCUUAAUGACAGGAUAGAAUCGUUUAACUAUGGACCUAUUAACAUUCGUAAUAGACCUCCACUUUUAUCAAAUGAAUCAUUAAGACGCGGUAUAAUAAAGAUGUCUGCUUCUGAAAUGUUGUGUUUCACAAAGAAUUUAGCAUUAAUUAUUGGUGAAUUAGUUCCCUUACAUUCAAAAUAUUGGUGUUUAUAUGUUACUUUAAAACAAAUCAUAGACAUUCUUUUAGGAAAAUGCCUCAAAGUAGAAGACAUUAAACUCUGUAAAGUUUUAAUAAAAGAGCACCAUGAGUUAUAUAUUCAAUUAUUUAACACCCACCUCAAACCCAAAUUCCAUCAUAUGAUACACUAUCCUUAUAUUAUGGAACAGUGUGGACCAUUGUCAUCACUUUGGUCUAUGCGUUUUGAAUCCAAACAUAAACAGCUUAAGGAAACUGCUAAAUCAAUUACAUCUCGUAAGAACUCCCCUUAUACCUUGGCAUUGAAACACCAACUUAGUUUAGCAUACAGAGUUUUGUCAUCAAAUAAUAAUAUUAUUGAUAUGCAGUUCGGUCAUCAAAUAACUCUUUCGGAAACCACAUGGCUUGAGUAUAGUAAAGUUGAAUUUUUAUGUUCCCCUUUUGAAUUUUUAGAAGAUGCAAUAUUUGUUUCGUGGAUUAUUUUAAAGGAACCACUUAUAAUAGUAAUAAUAUGUCUAUUCUAG